UUUGAUCUAAUUACAGAUCGUCGUAACAAGAAAUAUGGCCAAAAUUUAUAAUUAAAUAAAUUUUUUCGUGUAAUAAACCAACGGCUAUAUCUACUUCAUUACACGAAUGACGAUUAGCGUUUUUGAAUUGUUCGAGAUAGCGAUACAGCAUUCAAAGCUCCCUUGACACUAAUGUGAGUGCGAGACAGAGCGAAAUUCCGCGACUGCGUUAGCUGGACUUCCGCGGUUCCUUGUUGGCGAAAUGGCCUCCUUGAGAUCUUCGUUGGCGGCGAUAGAGGUGAUGAUGAUGAUAAUGGCAGCGGCAAUGGCGGGGAUCUGCUCUGCCGGAGAUCCAUUUGUGUACUUCGACUGGAACGUUGCAUACAUGAAAGCAUCCCCUCUUGGGGUAGAGAAGCAGGUGAUAUCGAUCAACGGCCAGUUUCCGGGUCCCCUCGUCAAUGUGACCACCAAUUGGAAUGUGGAGGUGAAUGUGCUCAAUAGUCUGGACGAACCGCUUCUCAUCACUUGGGAUGGAGUGCAGCAGAGGAAGAAUAGCUGGCAAGAUGGAGUUAUGGGAACGAACUGUCCAAUUCCAGUAGGAUGGAACUGGACUUACCGGUUCCAGGUGAAGGACCAGAUUGGGAGCUUUUUCUAUUUCCCUUCAAUUGGUCUCCAGCGGGCGGCUGGAGGUUUUGGUGGGUUUACUGCUAAUAAUAGACCAAUCAUUUCGGUGCCGUUUGACACACCGCAUGGAGACAUCACUCUUUUUAUUGGAGACUGGUUUAAUAAGAACCACACGGAUUUGAGGAAGGAGCUCGAUCAGGGGAAGUCUCUCGGAGUUCCCGAUGGUGUAUUGAUGAAUGGAAAGGGGCCUUACCGGUACAAUAAUACUAUCGUUCCUGCUGAUAUUGUCCAUGAGACAAUAAACGUUCAACCGGGAAAAACUUAUCGGUUUCGUGUCCACAAUGUUGGAAUGUUUACUUGUUUAAACUUUAGAGUCCAAUCCCACAACCUGCUUCUCACUGAGACAGAGGGAUCAUACACAGUGCAACAAAAUUAUACUAAUCUAGAUAUUUUUGUUGGUCAGUCCUACUCUUUUUUGAUAACUAUGGAUCAAAAUGCAAGCAGUGACUACUAUAUUGUGGCAAGUGCUAGAUUUGUGAAUGGUUCAAAAUGGGAUAGGGUUGUAGGGGUUGCGAUCCUUCACUAUUCAAAUUCCAAAGGCAAAGCAUCUGGCCCACUUCCUGAUCCACCUAAUGAUGUCUAUGACAAAACUUACUCGAUGAACCAAGCAAGAUCCAUCAGGUGGAAUGUGAGUGCUAGUGGUGCCCGUCCCAAUCCUCAAGGAUCUUUUAGAUAUGGUUCCAUCAAUGUGACCCAAUUAUAUGUCUUGAAAAACCAGCCGCCAAUGCUUAUAGAUGGAAAGCGUCGUGCCACAUUGAAUGGAAUUUCAUAUUCUUCUCCAGAGACACCUUUGAGACUUGCUGACCAAUAUGAUAAGAAAGGAGUUUACAAGCUUAAUUUUCCUACUAAGUAUGAUCCAGGAUCACCAAAAAUUGCAACUUCUAUAAUUAAUGGCACAUACAGAGGCUUUAUGGAAAUUGUAUUUCAGAAUAAUGACACUAGAGUUCAGAGUUAUCACUUGGAUGGAUAUUCAUUCUUUGUUGUUGGGAUGGAUUAUGGGGAUUGGACUGAUAAUAGUCGGGGCACAUACAAUAAAUGGGAUGGUGUAGCACGUAGCACAAUACAAGUUUACCCUGGAGCUUGGACAGCUGUCAUGGUUUCAUUGGAUAAUGUUGGAAUCUGGAAUUUGCGCUCAGAAGAUCUUGAUUCAUGGUAUCUUGGGCAGGAGACAUACAUCAGUGUUGUAAACCCUGAAAGCACUAACAAAACUGAGCAGCCAGUUCCAGACAAUGCUCUAUACUGCGGACUCCUCAAGGACAUGCAAAAACAGCAGUCACCUCAUGGUCAGGGCUUAAAUUCAUCAUCUACACUGGCAAGUCGAAGCGGAAUGAUUCUUGCCUUGAUGUUCGUAGCUGCUUUGCUUAUGUUCCUGUAACAGCAAUAUUCUAACUCCAGAUUAUGUUGGAUCUUAAGACCGUUGAGUCAUUGCCCAGGCCUGUGGAUUUAUGGGAUUUUAACUGUGCAAAUCGAAGUUGUUUUUUUUU